UGCUUAAAGACGUGCUUAACACGGGACAGUGAGUUUACACAGUGAUAUUCAUCUGUAGUUCUGCUAACUGUUAAGUACUUGUGUCCUUGGAAUCACAUUCCAGUCACUGGUUCCUGUGAAUAUGAAAUGACUGAAUCAAGCUGGGGGGGUCAAAACGCUUCUUAUGUUGGAAGUCUUGUAAACUUUUGUUAGCUUAGAAGAACAAAACUUCCAGAGUUCUUGAGAGAUGGCUUUGGAGACAUUUGGAAAUUGUUUGAGUUGCCUGCUGGUACCUCUUGCACUUUGGAGUAUUGUUGUGAACAUCCUCCUCUAUUUUCCAAAUGGGAAAGCUCUGCAUGCUGCCAGUUACCAGCUCCCCAACCAUGAGUGGUAUUUUGAAGGGAUCUGUUUCUCAGGUGUGAUGAUCCUUCUUUUGGCAGCAAUUCUAAUAACGCUGGAGUGUAGCGUGUUCUAUCAGUGCUGCCAGAGUGAGAGCUGUAACAAAACCUACAGGAGUUUUAUUUCCAUGGUGCUAGCCCUGCUUGGAAUUGCUUUCUCGGGAUACAGUUGCAUCGUUUUUACCCUACAUUUGAUUCAAGGCCCUUUCUGCAAUUCAUCAAACGGAUGGAAUUAUAUUUUCAAAGACACUGCUGGGGGGUAUCUCACAGAUUACCCUGCCUGGUCUAAGUGCACAGAACCUGCUAACAUAGUGGAGUGGAACAUCAUUUUGCUCUCGAUUUUAAUAGCUCUCAGUGGAUUGCAGUUGAUCAUCUUCAUUCUCAAAAUAGCCGCUGAGUUGAAACGAACACUCUGUGGGACCUAUUCUGUUUUUGUGCAGGCUGGGAUUCUCUGAAAAUGGCAAGGAAAUAGUUGUUGCCUCUCCCCGACCCGAAGAAAAAGAGAAGUGGCCUCUCCAUAAUCCAUAGCAGUAGAUUCGAGUGCUACAAAGAAAAAAAGCCUUGUCUUGAGUCUGUCUGUCAAACUUCUCCAUUUUGGAUGAAGUAUAUUUGAACUAUCUGACAACUACAUUUUUCUUCAACUGUCUUGUUCCACCUGGCAGAGACACUUCAUUUUUUUACCCUCCAACUUGUUGUGACAAUAGGGAUGUUUGAAUACAAUGGAACUGCUUUUGUAUUGAAAUAACUUUUUUUUUUUUUUUUUUUUUUUUUUAAAUAAACUGCUGUAGAACUGC